GAUAAAUUUCUUCCAGCACUAGUUGAUAUGUAAUGAUCACUGUAAGGAACAAAGUACGAAAAAGGAAAAACUGAAACCAAGUAUACGGUUGCUCAAGUGACUGUUACAUUUUGCUCUAUUAGUAGUUCUGUCUAUUUAGUUUCUAACGUAGUAUGUUAUUAAAACAUUUUCUGUAAUUCUGUCGACCUUCAGAAAUCACUAGUUACUUAUUUUCUGGCAUGAUCUCAAUAAUGUGACAUAAUGAGUAAAUUCUUCCAGAGAAGGCUUGAUGUCAUACAAGCAGUUCAUUCAGGAGCUUGAGGAUGAUAUAUUACCAUCUGAAGCUGAGCGCAGAUACCAAGAAUACAAGUCAGAGUAUAUUUCAACUCAGAAACGAACUUUUUUUGAUGCUCAUAAAGACGAAGAAUGGUUGAAAGACAAGUAUCAUCCAACAAAUUUACUCGCUGUCAUAGAAAGGAGGAAUGAACUGGCACGAAAGGUUGCAAAAGAUUUUCUGCUGGAUCUGCAGAGUGGCACAUUGGACUUAGGUCCUGGAGUGACUGCCUUGUCAUCUAACAAAUCAGGACAAAAUAGUGAUCCAAAUUCUGAUGAUGAAGCUGACACUGGUGGGAAAAGAAGAAGGCAUGGUAGGGGACCAGCUAAAGAAACUGAUAUUCAUUCUGCUGCUCCUAAAGCUCAUCCAGUCGGUUCUGAACCCAGAAGAAUCCAAGUUGACAUUGAACAAGCACAGGCUUUAGUGCGUAAGUUGGACUCAGAGAAAGGAGUUGAGGAGAAUAUUUUAUGUGGGUCUGAAAAUGACAAAGUUGGUAGAGAUAAAUCACAUAGUGGGUCUACUGGACCAGUUAUUAUUAUACGAGGCCUAACUUCCGUGAAGGGUUUGGAGGGUGUUGAGCUGCUGGAUACUCUUAUUACCUAUCUUUGGCGUGUUCAUGGGUUGGAUUAUUAUGGAAUGAUUGAAACAAAUGAAGCUAAGGGUGCCAGGCAUGUGAGAGCUGAGGGAAAGAGUUCUGAAACUACCAGUGGAGCUGAAUGGGAGAAAAAACUUGAUUCACGCUGGCAAGAGAGGUUGAGGGGUCAGGAUCCAUUGGAAGUGAUGACUUGUAAAGAGAAGAUAGAUGCUGCUGCUGUUGAGGCUUUGGAUCCAUAUGUCCGGAAGAUUAGAGAUGAGAAGUAUGGGUGGAAAUUUGGUUGUGGAGCCAAGGGUUGCACAAAGCUGUUUCACGCUGCUGAAUUUGUACACAAGCAUCUUAAACUGAAACACCCUGAGCUUGUGAUGGAGCUGACCGUUAAAGUGAGAGAAGAGUUAUAUUUCCAGAACUACAUGAACGACACAGAUGCUCCAGGGGGAACGCCUAUUAUGCAGCAAUCUGUGCUGAGAGACAGGCCACUGAGACGGAAACCAGGUUCAGAAAAUAGAUUGAGAGAUGAGCGUGGCCGCAGGGAACGGGACAACCGAGCUAAUGGUAAUGAUAGAUAUGAUAGGUCUGACAAUCAACAAUCAGGGGAAUUUCCGUCCAACAAUGAGGUUUCUGACGGGGGCAAUCAUGAUGAAGCAAUGUAUGAUGCCUUUGGUGGACAAGGCAUGCGUGUUGCUCCUUUUUCCUCAGAUAUAGCCCCUCCACCAGUAUUGAUGCCCGUUCCCGGUGCAGGUCCAUUGGGACCCUUUGUCCCAGCUCCACCUGAAGUUGCAAUGCGGAUGUUUAGAGAGCAGGGUGGUCCUUCAUUUGAGGGUGGUGGUAGGAAUGGAAGGCCUGGGCCACAGUUAAGUGGACCAGCUCCCUUUCUUUUGUCGCCAGCCUUUAGACAGGAUCCUCGACGCUUACGAAGUUAUCAAGACCUAGAUGCCCCGGAGGAUGAAGUAACUGUUAUAGAUUACAGGAGUUUGUAGAGAGCACUGGAAGGGGGUUGAAUAUUGAAAACUCUUUUCAAGGCUUAAUCUCUCUGGGUGAGCGACUGAUGGCUGCACUGGUUCAAAUGCUGUUUGGCGUAAGCAACUCCUUCGUACUGAAGUUUGGUAGUAUUUACGGUGCUUAGAAGUUGCUCGCUGUCUGCAUCCAUUGCAUUCUAACGGGGUGAUACUUUCCGCUGCAAUGUUUCUGCAAAACAUGUUAGGGAGUGCAUUUAUUCUGUAUCUUUUCUUUUUGUCCCACUCACUUACCGAACACUUUGAAGAUGGUUUUGAAUUUAGGCUGGUGGGGGGAGGGAUAUACAGUAUUUGACAAACGUCUUUUGUACAAUGGAACUUGUAGAGAAUUAGAUAUUUAAGUAGCUCUGCUCAUUUUAUUUUUUCUCAAGCUGUUUUUUUAGUAACAAAUAUUUAUCUUCUGCAUCUGAUAAUAAAACAUGGGGUACUACUUAUAAUUUCA